AUGAUUACCUAUGAGGUGGUCGGUUCCUAUCUUACACUUCUGUCUCUUAAAUUUUUUCAUCGAUUGAUCAGUCCGAUUAAUACUGAUAGCAUUCGGUUCAACAUUCAAGUGAUGAUUGCUACCUUAUCAGUGAUAAUUAUAACUUUGUUACUGUUGUUACCGCUAUGCGCAUGUAAAAAGAAAGCAAAGUUCGGGAAAUUUAUAGACGAUCCGAAAAUAGUACCACAGAGUCGUAAUAUCUCAGAAAAGGAAAUUCAACAAAUGAAACUUGAAAAUACACAAUCUACGAUUAUUCUUAAUGAAUCACCAGAAAAAAUGCCGCAAAAACAAAUAGAAGUUGUAGCAGAAAUUCAAAAACAAACACCUAAUUUGGAAAUUACAAAAUCCAAUCAAACACAAACUGCUGAAGAAACACAGUGUUCUCAAACAGAAUCAAUACAAAAAGUUGAAGAAGUUAUGCAAAAUGAAAAAGAAACUUGGGAAGGAAGCAAAAGUCGAGAAGUUUCAUCACAUGAUACACUUCAGUAUGUACAACCACGAGUGAGAUUUUUUAAAAGGGCAAAAGAAAUCGAACAAUGCGAACCAAUUGAUAAACAACGACAUGAAUAUAGAACAUUGAUGCUUAUUGAUGAGGACAAAAACCUUAUCACCGAGAAUAUCCAUCCGCGAGAGGUUCGACAACAAGAUAUAAUCGAAUGUAAAAUUGAGAAAUACACUAUUGUUGGUUAUCAAAUGCCGGAGAUUCUGGAAGAAUAUACAUGCAGAGAUGACGACUUCUGA